AUGGAUGAUAUUUUUGAUAAUAUAUUUAAAAAAAUUUCUGCCUAUAGAAUGAGUGUUGCAUCUGACUCUAAAUGCGAAAAUGAACCCAAUCAGACUUCAAGUGAGAUAAAAUUCCUUUGGACGCCAAAAGCAGAGGAAAAACUUAAAGAGCUUCACGUCUUGUAAUAAGGUAACUGGAAAUCCAUAAGCUCAAUACUAAAUGGUCCUUCGCCGAUUGAAUGCAUGCAUAAAUGGCAAUAACUUCAUCCAGAUUAAACUCAUUCAAGACAACUGUGGUCCCCUUAAGAGGAUGAAUAGUUGAAAGAAUUAGUAUAAAAAUAUGGAAAAAAAUGGAGUAAGAUCUGUACAGUAAUGAAUUGGAGAACAGGAAAACAAGUGAGAGAGCGUUAUUUGAAUUAGCUUUAAGGGACUAUAAAUUAAGAUAAAUGGACAGAGGAGGAAGAUAAACUGAUUCUGAAAUUAUAUAGGAAAUUUGGAACUAAAUGGAGUUAUAUUUCAAGUUUUUUAAAUGGAAGACCUGAAAAUAUGGUAAAGAAUAGGUUUUAUGCCAAUCUAAAGAGAAGAUAUCAAUGUGAUCUAGGGGAUUCUGACGAUGAUGAUUUUGAAAGGGAAUCUGCUAUCUCCUCUGAUGAUGAGAGAAUUAUACUGUAAAAAAGGAGAAAAUUACCUAAAUCAACAAAGGAUGAUCAAAAAUAAAAAAAAAUUUAAGUUAAGGAUGCAAAUCAAGAAAAUCUUUAAAGGAUGACGAGAUCAAAACUGAUUAAAUAAAAUGAUGAAAAUAGCUAAAAAUUAGAUGGCUCUAAUGAGAAUGAAAAUAAUUCUGGAUAGCAAAAUGCUAACUCUCUAAUCAAUAACCAAAUCACUAAUAUUAAAAGAGAAAAUUUAUUAAAAAUUGAUCACAGUAACAUUAAUUCUUAAUUUCUUCAACAACCUCUUCCUACUUAGACAGCAAAUUAAGAGGCCCAAAUAUUCAAUAAUUCUCAUAUUUUCUAAUAAUAUUCCAAUAUGGCACUAUUGAAUUAGUCGAAUACAAAAAUAGUGACGGAUCAAAAUUCACUUUUAUAUUUACAACAAAAUAAAUAAUCAUAAUUGCCUUUUGCAAUUAAUCAAUACCCAGGAAUUCAAAUGAUAAACCCCAUCUUAGGGUUUGUUUCUCCAUAACAAUAAUAUGUAUAUUAGUUACCAUGUCAAUAAAAUUACUUUGAUUAGAUUAACUAUUUUCAAAAAUGGAAUGAAUUCUCUUCAUUAUACAAUAAUUAGUUAUUGUAAAGUGGCUUGUAACCAUGA